AUGUCGACUUCGUGUGUGCGCGCGCUCUCUGCCGCGCCCCGCGCAGCCCUUAGGACCAACAGGAGGCCACGAUGCUCUCGCGCGCUCGCGACCGAGGCUCCUACGCCAACUGCCGCGACGUCUGCACCGCCACCCAAGCCGAAGGCUCCCCUCUACCCCGCCGUGCUGCCCGCUGAGCGCGGCAAGCUGAGCGGCGACGAGGCGUCCGCCUACCUUUCAUCUAUCCUUUCCUUGCCCGCCGGAACGUUCCCCCCCGAGCUCGCACUCCAGAUCUUGACCCACAAGUCGUACCGCUUCGCGCACCGCCUCGCCCACCCCCCUCCCUAUACCGAGGCUGAGAUGGCACAGUCGCAGGUCUCGCACAACGCCCGGCUGGGCUUUGUUGGCCGCCGUGCACUCGCAGCCUACAUGGCCAUGUUUGUGCACUCGUCCAUGCCGACCACGAAUGCCGUGUACGCUGCCGACUUUUUGCGCGGAAAGGACAUUGCGGGGAAACUCGACGCAUUGCGGCACCAGAACAACCUUGGCCGUGUGGUCGGUGACCGGUGGCAGCUUGGCGAGGUGAUGCGCUGGGAUCAGAACGAGACUGGCCGUGAGGGUGGAUACUCAAAGGUCAAGGGCCUGACAGUCGAGGCGGUUAUAGGAGGCGUGUUUACGCACCUUGGUUCGCCGGCGGCGCAGCGCGCAUACCACCUGCACAUUCUGCCGCUGCUGCAGGAGCAGCUGCGCGACCCCGCACUCAUUGAGGCUGCCGAGCGGGUGCGCAACAGCGCACAGGGACUUGGCGGCGUCGUUUCGUAG